AUGCGCGGUGUCCAUCAACAAAUGCUGUCGGGCGGUUCCCUCGGGAGCUCAUCGAUUGGCGGCCUGGGUGGCUUCGGGCACCACUUGUCGUCGCCGCUGCCAACAUUGCCGCCUGAUCGCAAACCGCCCACGCCUUUGCCGGCCCUGGGCCCGUCGACAUCCCUAGCAUCAACACCUGCCCCGCCGGCGACCUCUACAACUAUCCACUCUUACUACGACCACAUAAUA